AUGGCCAUUUCUGACCUCCUUCCCGGUAUCGAAAUAACUGUUUGUGUGGAUGGCAUACAGCUUGUGGAGUAUGAUAACAACGAUAUAAAGAUCAAGUCCGGUACAUCGGAUGAAAAGAAAGCGUUAGCUUCCAAGACCAUUUCUAGGUAUAUCGAGGCUCUCACCGACAAGAAUUUCGCAGUGAAUGUUGCGAUGAACGAAGCUCACAAAUCCAACUACGCAAAUGAUGGCUCAUGUCUCAUUGUAAAAAUCACCAUCGAUGGAAUUACCAUACAUGAAAGUAGCUUGACAUUGUUUGACACAGGGGCAUCGCGGUGGAAGAUUCAUGCAAGAGGUGUAUACAGUGUUGAGGAUGGAGUAGAAGGUUUUAAACCUUUCGCGUUUUCCAAGUUAGCCAUUUCCGAGGAUGAAUCGGUUUACAGUAAGGCUAUUAGAGAUGCUCAAUGCAUCGAAGGUGUGGGUGAAAUCAUCGUUUCAUUCCAUCGAGGAAAUAUUACAGGGUCUUAUGUCACAGCAAAACCGAGUCCAGGCUUUAGGUCAACAGAGAUGAAUAUGAUGGUGGAAGAAGAGCUUCAUGUGAAGGCAGUCACUAUUGGACAGGAGUUCCAGUCACAUGGUACUAAAUUGUCAUCUCUUGUACCUUAUAAUCAAAAAUAUUCUUACGGUCAUCUGAGGUACAUUGCCGAAUUCAUCGGUGGAAGAGAUGAAAGCUGCAUUGGACGUUUCAGUUUCAAGUAUCGCUCCAAAGAAAUCCUCAAAUCAUUCCUCAUCAUAGAUCAAACACCCGAAGGAUCACCCGAACGGACCAUCCCUCCCGAAAUCGUUCCUCCCCCUCCUUGCAAGCCUUCGUUCUUUUUACCAGUACCAGCUAUUUUACGUCGAUUCGCGAGCACUUUUUCCAAUAACUCUAACGAGCUGAGUUUAGACCAAAGUCGGGUUUCAAAACCUAGCAAUCCUGAGCCCUCAGUUGCUGGUCCUAGCACACCUACCCAUUAUGAUAACACGGAUCAAAGAGUUAAGCAAGAAGAAUCCACUGAGGCACCCUCGACACAUACCAAUUGCAACGGUAGGAGCUAUUCCUUCCGCCCAAAGCGCGCCAAUUUCAAGCGUGAAGCCGAAGAUAACGAAGAAGAGAACUUGUCCUCUCCGCAAAAAAGGGCCCGGGCUAGGAAGGAGAAAGCUAAGGCUGAAUGA